GCGGGUGGCUGUAGCUUGCCACGUUGCCGCCGGCAGCGCCGCGCAGCCCGACCAGAAGGGGGAGAGGUUCGGCAAAGUCCGGAAACGCUCGGCAAUGGCCGGAGGCGGCUUUUAAGGAGAGGAGCGGCUGCCGGCUCGCCCUGCCCCGCCGUCGCUCGGCGCCAGGCGGCUCGUUCGCCCCGGCGCUGCCGCCUCGCCCUCUCGCCGCGCCGUGAGGGGAAGGGGCGCGAUGCUGGCCGACAGCCUGGUGGAGGAGUUCGAGAUCCGCGAGGAUGAGCCCUGGUACGACCAGCAGGACCUGCAGCAAGAUCUUCACCUUGCUGCUGAACUUGGGAAGACACUACUGGAUCGUAACACUGAACUAGAAGAAUCUUUACAGCAAAUGUAUGCAACAAAUCAAGAGCAACUCCAGGAGAUAGAGUACCUCACAAAGCAAGUGGAGCUCUUGCGUCAGAUGAAUGAUCAGCAUGCAAAAGUUUACGAACAGCUGGAUGUGACAGCAAGGGAGCUUGAAGACACUAAUCAAAAACUAGUUGCGGAAAGUAGAGCUUCACAACAAAAGAUAUUAAGCUUAACAGAGACUAUUGAAAAUCUGCAAACACACAUAGAUGACCUGCAACGACAAGUAGAAGAAUUGAAAAAGUCUGGAAGAGGCCGGAUGAGCCAUGAGAGAUCUGACCAGCCAAGAUCAAUGCAUAGUUUCUCAUGUCUGAAGGAGCUGUAUGACCUUCGCCAGUAUUUUGUUUAUGAUCAUGUGUUUGCAGAAAAGAUUACUUCGAUGGAUAGUCAGCUAAGUCCUCUAGAAGAAGAAAAUGAGAACUUAAAAAAGGCAGUUACAGUUCUGCAAGCUCAGCUUAGCCUAGAGAAAGAAAAGAGGGUAACAAUGGAAGAGGAAUAUAGUCUUAUGGUAAAGGAAAACUGUGACCUUGAACAGAGGCUUGUUGAUAUAGACUUGUAUCGGGCUCGUGCAGAGGAGUUGGAAGCGGAAGUAGCUGAAAUGCGACAAAUACUUCACUCUGAAAACACAUGCCAUAAUGCAGAGAAAUUGGUGCCAGAAUCCUUUUUCAUUUCAUUCAAGGAAUCUUUAGAAAGGGAGCUUGGUCAGAGCCUGGCAGAUGAAGGACUUCCGACUGUACCAGAACUGGAGAAGAAGGCACUGAAACGGAGCAGCAGUGAAACUUUCCUAAGCAGCGCUGCAGGGGGAGACAUUCUAAGGGGCCAUGAAGAGACAUGUAUUAGGAGAGCUGAAGCUGUGAAGCAGCGAGGAAUUUCUGUACUUAAUGAAGUUGAUGCUCAGUAUAAUGCUCUGAAAGUGAAGUAUGAGGAACUUUUGAAGAAGUGUCAAAUGGAUGAAGAUUCUUUGAAACACAAGGCUGUACAAACGCUGAAGCAGUAUUGCAAAGACCCAAAUGUGGGGAAUACCCAGUAUGAUCUUUCAGCUAGCAAUGAAGAAUGCACAAAUGUGGAGCUAAGUGACUCUCCCACAAAUGCUCUUCCUGAAUAUAAAGCACUCUUCAAGGAAAUCUUUAGCUGUAUCAGAAAAACAAAGGAAGAAAUAGAUGAACACAGAGCUAAGUACAAGUCCCUCUCCUCUCAGCCAUAAUGUUGGACAUGCUGAUGACCCAUUUUCUGUUGGUGACUAAUCUGUUAGUCAAGAAGGGGAAAAACUUUAUACAAAAUGUCAGAAGACCCCUUAUACUGGUGUAUUUCUUGAGCACUCAAAAUGAAUGUCUUGGAUUGGCUUGUAGACCUUUAGUUAACAUCUAGUUAGUUCACAGCUAGUCUCCCUGUACCUAUGUAGCAAUAGAUUUAAUGUUGUUUAGCACUCUCACCCAAACUAGUGGUUGUAAAGCAAACAAACACCGUAGCUUAAUACUAUGCUACUACUUUAUACUACACUUAAUCUCUGGCCAGAGCAGUAAUGGACACUAGUUUCCUUAGUCCACUUCAGAAAUAACAGCUAAGAAAUCUGUACUGUGUUUCUCACAAGGAGCCAGCCCGAAGCCUUCCUUUGGUUCGCAGGUGAUGAUCUAGCCCUGUAACUAUGUCUGUGUAGAAGAUUGAGAUACACAAAGCCCCUGACCAGUAUCACGGGCAGCCUCUCCUUGAUUCUUGAGAAUGAAGUUAGCAGUCUAGCUGAACUUGCUUUGGCAGGGAGGUGGAGAGCUGGCACAGCAGCCUGCACUGUGUGCUUGGUUUGAGCCAACACCAUGUUUUCACAUGCACUCAGCUCUCCCAUAGAUCAGUAUAAAUGUCUUCCUACUAAGAAAGGAUUUGAUGUAAAGUUUGUGUGGCUUUUUAGGUAUGGUUUCUUAUGUAGGGCACUUUGUCUUAAGGCAAGAUACUGUGAAUUGGUUAUGUACGUUACUUGGGACCUACUGUUCUUUGGUGGAAUGUCUGCAAAGUACAUUUUUAUGUGUAUUUGGUAAGAUAGAAAGUUGCAACUUAGCUAUUUAACUUUAGUAGUAGCAUUGACAUAGUGGAAUUGCUUUUAAUCUUACAUACCACAGACUCCAAGUGUUUGAAGGAGACAGGCCAGGUAAAUCCUUAUCAUUUUGUCUAUGGCUUCCAGUGUCGGCUUCUGUCCACCUAUUCUGCGCUGCCUGGGGGGUGGGAGGAUGGACACAGCCCUGCCAGAACAUAUCAUACUAAAACGGGGCCAUGCUCUUGCUCUUCCUCUCCUUCUCUGCUCCCUAAUUAUAAUUCAUAUGUAUUUGAAUUCUGAAAAACAAAGAACAUGGAGACGUAUGUUCUUUAAAACUGCUUCAGAAUGUGAAGAAAACAAAGGCUAAGAGACAAAUGGGGGGAAGGCACAAUGAACGGUGACAUCCUUUUCCUUAUAAAGGGUCUCAUAGCUUAAUUUGGUCAGCUCUUCUUGGGAAUGAACUUACUGCCUGAGUUGCUGCGGUGCACCAAACUGUUGACACAGAAUGUUGACAAUUUCUUAGCUUUAGUUCAACUGCUGCUGUUGCAGUUCUGUCUGCCUUAUGUUGUAGCCUGUUAAGCUUGUGUAGUGCUGUCCUUCAGUUGCAGUCUUAAGACUUCAUAUUGUGGGAUUUUCUCCAAAACAUGUAUUGCGUUCUGAAAAUUAUUUAAAACUGGGAAUCUGAAUCUUGUGAAUAUUUUUCUAAGCAAAUAAAUAAUCCAGUCACGUUACCUGUGUACCUAGUAAUUUGGCACAGAUGGGCAUAUCAGGAAACAGUAAACUCAGCGCAGAUGGCACUUGCAUUAUCUAGUCUUGCCAUCUUUCUUAUGUAGCUCAGAUGGAGUUCCCAUUAAAUUUGUAUUUUAAAAAGGUUACACUAAAUGGGAAAGGAUAGGCCUGCCUGGGAAAGAAAUCCAGAGGGAACUAAGUAGUUUCUCAUUGUUGUGGGGUUUGUCAAAAAGCUGCUGUUCUGCUAUCAGGCCGACUGUAUUGUCGCUGUUUCCCUAACACCCAGAGGUCUGCCCCAGUAACCUUAAGUGAGAAAGGCAUGACACCAUUAGUAGUCUCCAAUGAUUUACUACUAAUGCUCCUCACUACUUUAGGGGAAGGGGGAUCCACACCUGCUGGACCAGGAUACUGCUGGCUAAUUUAGAGCACUUUCAUAUAUACAAUUUUUAUGCUUUAAACAUAUCAUAUUCUCAGAUUUCCACAGAACUACUUGACUCUUCUGUAAUGUAACUUCCCCUUGGCUACCUGUGCCUCUGCUAAGCUCUGGCUGUAUUGUACCUCAACAUGUAACUGUAUAUAUUGUGCAAUACGUGGGCUCUUCUUUCAUAACGCCUCCAACGAUGGCGCUCCCAGAGACCUGUGAGAGCAGCAGCCUGAGGUGCUAUGGUGGCAACAGGGCUGUACCAGGAAGUAUCAGCCAUGGGGGCAGGCAACAGACCCAGACAAAGGCUGCAGAAGCUGCCUGAACAUAAAACACCUCCCCUUUACAUUGAUGUAGUUUAUUAAACUACACUGGAGUGUUAAUUAAGGUAGAGUUUUAGCUGUUUAAAAAUAUGGCAUUUCACAUUUCUGUGGAAAAUACCUAAGUAUGGUAACGAUAUUCUUAGCCAAUCUUACCUGGAUUAACUACUGUAAUCUGCUUAUUUUAGUCAACAACUCAACUCAGCCUUUUCUGAGCAUAAGCAGAUGAAAUUCAUAGAAUCUCCUUCAGUUUAUCACAUGAUGAAGUCAUAGCCAAGCACAUGAACAGUACAGUAGCCAUCUUUACAAUGCUUACAGUAGGAUAUUCCUUAUCUUACUGCAAUUAGGCUUCAAUAAUAAACCUGUCACAAGAUCAGUUACUGUACCUUGUGCAGCAGACCCUUAGCUGGACAGCCACCUCUAGGUACCACCUAAAGAACGAUGCGCGCAGAACGAGGUAAAGCAGCUUAAGAGCCAGUUUACUAUCUACCUUGAACCUGUGCUAAAACAUUCUUGACCUUGCCUUCCUCCAUAAGCCUUCAGGCUAUAAAAGGAGCAGGUGCAGCCUCCAUUUCUUCGUGGACAAAUACAAGGUGGGGUAGAAUUGACCUUCAAGAUAAAAGUUUAUUAAAAAGAUUACACAAAGUAGAGGUUUUACAUUGCUGCCGUGUGAUAACUACGGCUGGAUGCCUUCCAGAGGGUGCUCUUGGUUACUUACCUCGCUGUGUUUGCAUACAGUAAUGCAAAAAAAUCCCUCAAACAAAACCCACACCAAUAAAAGAAAUCUGGUAGUUGUUCCAAAUGUAGGUACUUUACCAAAUAACUCAUUUCACAGACACCAGGUGAGAACAAUUGCUACGUAGUACAGAGGUCAAAGACAGGGGUUUUUGUUCCCCCCUCCCAGCCUAACAUUUCCAUGACUAUCUUCUCUUUAUAAAGAGGGCUGCAAGGGCUAUCACAAUGCUCAGACCAAAGUAUGAGCAUCUAGGUAUUUGACAAAAACCGGGAUGUUUGUAAACAAAUUUAAUUUAUUGGCAUUACUUACAAAAUAAAGUAUUAGACCAUGAUUUUUCCAUCA